AUGAUGCAAAACAAGCGCCUAGAAAAGAAAAAGACGACAAUCAAGAUGAAAACGUUGAAUCCCUAUUACAAUGAGUCGUUCAGUUUUGAUGUCAGCCCGGAAAAGAUGCAGCGUGUUCAUUUGCAAGUGACAGUAUCAGAUUACGAUCGCGUCGGAUCCAAUGAGCGUAUUGGACACGUUAUCAUUGGUAGCAAUGCCAGUGGUGUAGCACUAAAGCAGUGGCAAGACAUGCUUGCAACACCCCGCCGUUCAGUGGCGCAAUGGCACACCCUGGCGCCCUUCAACGAUGAUUGA